UAGCAUUUUUCCUUCCUUUGUUGGGAAAGAUGCCUGAACCUUCCAAGUCAGCUCCGGCUCCCAAGAAGGGAUCAAAAAAAGCCAUUACUAAGGCGCAGAAGAAGGACGGCAAGAAGCGCAAGCGCAGCCGCAAGGAGAGCUACUCUGUGUACGUGUACAAGGUGCUGAAGCAGGUGCACCCCGACACGGGCAUCUCGUCCAAGGCCAUGGGCAUCAUGAACUCGUUCGUGAACGACAUCUUCGAGCGCAUCGCGGGCGAGGCGUCGCGCCUGGCGCACUACAACAAGCGCUCGACCAUCACGUCGCGGGAGAUCCAGACGGCCGUGCGCCUGCUGCUGCCCGGGGAGCUGGCCAAGCACGCCGUGUCCGAGGGCACCAAGGCCGUCACCAAGUACACCAGCUCCAAGUAGAUGCAACACCCCAGCGCUUCCUCUGCCCACACACAAAGGCUCUUUUCAGAGCCACCCACUUUCUCAUAAGAGAGUUGCAACUGUCUUGUUUCUAAGGUAAUUUGAGGUCUAACAUCUUCCAGGAUAUUUAUCUCUGCUCCCUGACUGUCAAAUGUUUUCCUGUAUUCUGUUUUAAUGUAAGGGUUCUUUGAUGUGCUCAAUCCAUUUCUUAAAGUAUGUUACUGAUGGGUUCUUUGUACUUAAUGGGCAAACUACGUGGUGUGGGCUUUGGAGAGUGAAUUUAGCAGCGUUUCCCAGUGGUGUUUAUCACUGGCAGAGGUCCUUGCUUGGUUGGGUUUUGUAGCUUCAGGUUUGUUAGUUCAAGUCUAGGACAAGAGAGAGUUAAACUUGUUAGUGAACCUAAUUACUGACUCAUGAAUUCUCCACCCCCGAAAUUCGGAAGUGUGGCUGAGACAUGGGGUUAAUGGGUUUCAGUUUUGCGCCUUUCCCCUCGUGUGUACUUUCUUCGCUGAAAGGGAGAGUUCCCCCGUGGGAGAUUUUCCUACAUAACACGGUUAUGGUAACUGUUAGAAAUUGUUAAAAGAAUUAGUGAAGAAAAGGUGUCUAGAGGGAGGUGGAUUGUCACGGGUUGGAGGAGGCGAGGAGUAGAGAGAGGGGCUGAUGUGGGGACCGUUGUGUGAUUAUUGGCUUCCUGAUGAACAGAGAAAAGACUCCUUAGCUGUGAACACCCUAUGUAGUGAAUGACAGCCCAAAAAUUUAUGUUUAGAUGAAGGAAGAAAAUGCAGACUUUCUCCAACGGGAAAUAUUUGGAAUAUAUUUGAAAACCCAAAUUGAAAAUCAUGGUAUUUUUGAACCUACACAUAUUAAGACUGGUGGGAUUGUAUGAGAAACACUUUGUUUUCCCCUGGGAACAAACU